AUAAGAUUCUAGACCGACUACCGGAAGUUGACUUUUAGAUAAUUUAAGAUCAUGUGUUGUUGUUAUUAAAACUACAACUAAAUUCUUGAAUACAAAAAAACGAAUGUAAACAAAUUGUUGAUAUACAUUACGAAAGCAGACUUACAUUACAACUUGAUUUGAGGGCAUUGUCAUGGAAGAAACAAAAGAUGAUAUAUGUGAGAAAUUGGACAAAGUCUUGCUGGAAUUUUUCGAAACAUUGACAAAGAUAUAUCAAAACCAAGCCAUGCUUGACCAAUCAAUGAAAUCUGGAUAUCUGAACUUAUCAAGAGCAAGGUACAAUAUGGGUAUAAAGGCAGUUGGUAUAGAGCAGUGUGAUGAGACCAAAAUGUCAGCUCUUCUUACAAUCAAAGUAGCCGAUGACAAUAUAUUCACUGUUGAAAAUGGAGAUGUUCAUGACCUUGAAACAGAUUUAAGUGACCUUGACUUAAAAAAGUCAGAUGAUAGUUCAAGGUCAACAGUUAGAAGAAGGAAUGUUAAUAAAACAGAUGUUGAACAGGAACAUAUAGAGGAAAUACCCGCAAGAAAUGAUGAAAUAUGUGAUGAGAAUAAGAUUAGUAUUGACAGAAGAAAGGUUGAUCCACUUAGAUGGUUUGGUGUGCUUGUACCGCUAUCUCUAAGACAGAGUCAGUCUGACUUUAAAGCAGCAGCAACCAUGGCUUUAGAUAUUGCUACAUUGAAGACAAAACUUCAAUCAUUAGGACAGAAAUAUAAAAGCCUUCUAAAAACAAAAGAAACAUUUCUAUAAUGUCAAUAAUUUAUUCAUUAGAUUCUGUGUUACAUGUUACAGAGGUAAAAUAAAGGGUAGUUACAUAUUCUUUUGAAUGUGCAUUCAUAUGACUAGUCAACAUAACCUGUUGAAUGGUUGUGCAAUGGAAACAUUUUUAGAGUAGUCAGUACAUACAUUGUCGAAAUGGAAAUAGAUAUUUUAUUAACAUAUACUCUAAAAACUCACUAAACUAGACUUAGUCGGGUCCUGACAAAAUUGACGGAUUAACGAGGAUUCGGGAUUAGUGAGGAUUUAAAGUCUGGACAUUCUUAACUUACUUAUAAAGGCUAUAGAUGGAUCCUUAAAUUUAGUUGAUAUCUAAUAGAUAAAUCUAUGAUUUAUUCUUGAGGAGUGUAAAAAAGUAAAGACAAAUAUAAUUAUAACAAUUAUUUUUUAACAAUUAUUUUUGUUUAGAAAGUCAAAGAUUUACAUAUGAUUAUAUUUAUAUUAUCUCUCUAAUCCUAUUUAGCUAGAGACAUUUUGAAUUAUAUUUUGUUUUUAAAAUUAUAAUUCAAAAUGUCUCUAGCUAACAGAUUCUUUCAUCUUUCACAGGUGCAAUAUAUCACAUGUACUGUCUAUAGUUAGUUACUACUAAAAAUAUAAAUAAAAAUGUCAUGCAUGUUAUAUUUUCUAUACACAGUUUGUAAUAAUAUGCCUGAUUUUGUAAGGUAAAAUUACGUAGGCAAAUGACAAAUUAUUAAGUUUUUGUCUAGUACCCAGAAUACAAAGUUUCAGAUUUUUCUGAGGAUUUUCAAACAUUUUAGUAAGAAGGGUAAAAUUCUGGACUCUGAACAUUUUUCUGCUGAACUAAGGAUUCAAGAUAAGUGGAGAUCUGGUUUUGAGGGUUUUUACUGUAGUAACUACUCUUUAUUAUAUGCCCGAAAGAAUUUCGGGCAUAUUAUGUUAUACCCCCUGGCGUCCGUCCGUACGUCCGUCCGUCCGUCUGUUAGCAAUUUGGUUUCCGAAGCAUAACUUAAGUUCCAUUUGGCCCACAGUAUUCAAACUUCAUAGGAUGAUUGCCCAUAUUGGGUAGAAGACCCCUAUUGAUUUUGGGGUCACAAGGUCAAAGGUCAAGGUCACUAUUAGCUAAAUACUGAAAAUGGUUUCCGGAGCAUAACUUAAGUUCCAUUUGACCCACAGUAUUCAAACUUCAUAGGAUGAUUGCCCAUAUUGGGUAGAAGACCCCUAUUGAUUUUGGGGUCACAAGGUCAAAGGUCAAGGUCACUAUUAGCUAAAUACUGAAAAAGGUUUCCGGAGCAUAACUUAAGUUCCAUUUGACCCACAGUAUUCAAACUUCAUAGGAUGAUUGUCCAUAUUAAAUAGAAGACCCCUAUUGAUUUUGGGGUCACAAGGUCAAAGGUCAAGGUCACUAUUAGUGAAAUACUGAAAAUGGUUUCCAGAGCAUAACUUAAGUUCCAUUUGGCCCACAGUAUUCAAACUUCAUAGGAUGAUUGUCCAUAUUGGGUAAAAAACCCCUAUUGAUUUUAGGGUCACAAGGUUAAAGGUCAAGGUCACUAUUAGCUAAAUACGUAAAAUGGUUUCCGAAGCAUAACUUAAGUUCCAUUUGACCCACAGUAUUCAAACUUCAUAGGAUGAUUGUCCAUAUUGGGUAGAAGACCCCUAUUGAUUUUGGGGUCACAAGUUCAAAGGUCAAGGUCACUAUUAGCUUAAUACUGAAAAUGGUUUCCGGAGCAUAACCUAAUUUCCAUUUGGCCCACAGUAUUCAAACUUCAUAGGAUGAUUGUUCAUAUUGGGUAGAAGAUCGCUAUUGAUUUUUGGCUCACAAGGUCAAAGAUCAAGGGAUUACUAUCACCUAUAAACUGGAAACAGUUUUCGCUCAAUAAGUAUUAAUCGAACUACAGCUGUAAAAUUUUAUAGGAUUAACAGCUUUAUACCCCUGACGUCUUGGUGUCCAUCUGUUGUAGCAUUUUUACUUACAAGAUAACAACUUGAUGGUGGUGCUUUGAAAACAGCAACUGUAUAUAUACAUGAAUGUUCUUCAGCUAUAAAGGAGGAUUGCUUUUUGAAGGAGGUAAUACUGUAUUUAAUUCCAAUGUCCUCCUCACCAAAAGAAAGAGUACUUUCGGGCAUAUAAUGCUCCGCCUAGCGGUGCUCUUGUUCAGGUACUAUUGUAUAUGCUUAGUAAUGUUUUCACCCUAGGAUUUUUAAACUGAAAGCAGCAUAUUAUAUGGUUUUUACUUGGCUUACAUAUUUGGUUGAAUGUUAAAUAAUUUGUUUAUAUAUAUUGAUUUUUCAUAUAAGCCCUGUCACGACAAAACCAACAUAAUGGGUUUGCGACCAGCAUGGAUCCGCGCAGUCUGAUCAGGAUCCAUGCUGUUCGCUUACCAACUCUAUUACAAGUAGAGAAACUGAUAGCGAACAGCAUGGAUCCUGAUCAGACUGCGCAGAUGCGCAGGCUGGUCUGGAUCCAUGCUUGUCGCAAAACCAUUAUGUUGGUUUUGUCAUGAAGCGGCUCAAUUAUAUAUAUGUUGCAAUAGAUUUCUUGUUCAGGCCCUAGGCUUUGUACAUGGAUAUGUUAUCCCAGACGAUGUUGUUACAUGAUACUUAUAAUCUUAAUUAAAAUUGAUUUAUGCUCUUA